ACCGAAAAUGUCCGUCUGUGUUGCGGCUCGGUCGGGACGGGGGAUUUCGCCAGGAAAUAAUACACAUUUAACCCCUGAAGAAGACAGACACAAGCCACAUAUUCUGACAACCUAGAGUACUAUCCCCCAGGAAGGAGUGUCGACUUGGUGUGUUGGAGCGACACCAACAAAACAACGGGAGUUUACAGUAACAGUUCUUCCGCUGUGAUGUCGGGUCCCGGGUCUCGGAGGACCGGGUCCAGCAUCAAAAUCCGCCUGACAGUCUUAUGUGCCAAGAACCUUGCAAAGAAAGACUUCUUCCGGUUGCCGGACCCAUUUGCAAAGGUAGUGGUGGAUGGAUCAGGACAGUGUCAUUCUACAGACACAGUGAAGAGCACUCUGGACCCCAAAUGGAACCAACACUAUGACCUGUACAUAGGGAAGACAGACUCCAUCACCAUCAGUGUGCUGUAAGAAGAUC